CGUGUUAUAUUGUAAGUUAACUACAGCAACAUCAACGUAGGGUAUAGACAUCAACAAUGCUGCCAAUGAAGGAUGUUGAUUUUUCACACAGGAAGCUAACUUGUAAGAAGGGGAUGUCGGGGUGUGACCAAAGCACUGUCGAAUCAUUGGCCGAAGAUCCAACAGAUUCACCAUUCGUUGCCGAUGAGUGUCUCAAAGUACGCAAGUAUUGGUGUUUUUUGCUCUCGAGCAUUUUUACCUUCCUUGCUGGCCUAUUUAUUGUGCUACUAUGGCGGGCUUUUGCAUUCAUUUGCUGUCGCAAAGAGCCCGAUCUGGGACCAAACGAUCCCAAGCAGAAGGAGCAGAAGGCGUCACGCAACAAACAAGAGUUCGAGGGUACCUUUAUGACAGAAGCCAAAGACUGGGCUGGCGAGCUUAUAUCGGGACAAACAACAACAGGACGAAUUUUGGUCGUGCUUGUAUUUAUACUCAGCAUUGCAUCACUCAUUAUUUACUUCGUGGACGCAUCUAGCGAAGAAGUCGAAAGAUGUCAAAAAUGGAGUAAUAACAUUACUCAACAAAUCGAUCUCGCAUUCAAUAUAUUUUUUAUGGUUUACUUUUUUAUACGAUUCAUAGCGGCGUCCGAUAAACUUUGGUUUAUGUUAGAAAUGUACAGUUUUGUAGAUUAUUUUACAAUACCCCCGUCCUUUGUAUCAAUAUAUUUAGAUCGGACAUGGAUCGGUCUUCGAUUUCUUCGAGCGUUACGUCUCAUGACUGUACCGGAUAUUUUACAAUAUUUAAACGUUCUAAAAACAUCGAGCUCGAUACGCUUGGCUCAACUAGUAUCAAUUUUUAUAUCUGUAUGGUUAACAGCGGCGGGCAUAAUUCAUCUGCUGGAGAACUCUGGCGAUCCGCUGGAUUUUAAUAAUGCUCAUCGAUUAUCCUAUUGGACCUGUGUCUAUUUCCUAAUUGUGACCAUGUCAACGGUAGGAUAUGGUGACGUUUACUGUGAGACUGUAUUGGGAAGAACAUUCCUUGUGUUCUUUCUACUCGUCGGCUUGGCAAUGUUUGCCAGCAGUAUACCGGAAAUAAUAGAGCUCGUCGGUAGUGGCAAUAAAUACGGCGGCGAACUGAAAAGAGAACAUGGAAAGAGACAUAUUGUCGUUUGCGGACAUAUAACGUACGAGUCGGUGUCGCAUUUCUUAAAGGAUUUCCUGCACGAGGAUCGUGAGGAUGUGGAUGUGGAGGUUGUAUUUUUACAUCGCAAGGAGCCUGAUCUGGAGCUAGAAGGUCUGCUGAAACGUCACUAUACGACAGUGGCGUUUUUUCAGGGCACCAUGAUGAAUGCAGUCGAUUUGGAACGAGUCAAGGUACACGAAGCUGAUGCCUGUUUGGUACUGGCCAAUAAAUAUUGCCAAGAUCCCGAUGCCGAAGAUGCUGCCAAUAUUAUGCGAGUCAUCUCAAUUAAAAACUACAGCGAAGACAUACGAGUGAUUAUACAACUUAUGCAAUAUCAUAAUAAGUCACCAGACAUGCAGUCUUGGACCAAUGAUUAUCUGCGCGGUACCGGCAUGGAAAUGUACACAGAAACUUUGAGUCCCACAUUUAUUGGAAUACCAUUUGCUCAGGCCACUGAACUGUGCUUUUCGAAACUGAAACUAUUGCUGGUAGCUAUCGAAAUCAAAGGUGCCGAAGAGGGUGCGGAUAGCAAGAUUUCCAUCAAUCCGCGCAAUGCUAAAAUACAAGCGAACACGCAAGGCUUCUUUAUAGCUCAAAGCGCUGAUGAAGUGAAACGAGCCUGGUUCUACUGCAAGGCCUGCCACGAGGAUAUCAAAGACGAAACGCUGAUCAAGAAGUGUAAAUGCAAAAACUUGGCAACGUUCAGGAAAGGCGUCCGCGCCGUCCAAAUGGUGGGACGUGCAAAUGAAUUCCAUCCAGCGCCCACAUUUACGCCGCCAGAGCUGCCCAAGCGGGUGCAUGUGCGCGGAUCAGUAACGGGUGACAUGACACGCGAUAGAGAGGAUGUAAACCUUAUAAAUCGCAAUGGCCGCCGUACGAACGGCACUGGUAACGGUAGUACAGGGAUGCAUAUGAACUCCAUAGCAGCGAAACAAGUUAACAAAGUGAAGCCAACAAUUAACCGACAACAGGUUGAAGGUCAGGUUAUAUCACCCUCACAGUACAAUAGGCCGCCAGAAAACGAUGCUAACCCAUAUGCGGGCUAUCAACUCGCUUACGAAGUUAAAAAGCUCAUGCCAACUAGCCGGAGUUCCGGCACUGGUACACAAAACCAAAACGGUGGCGUCACACUACCGGCCGGUAUUGCGGAUGAUCAAUCGAAGGAUUUCGAUUUUGAAAAGACCGAAAUGAAGUACGAUUCGACGGGUAUGUUCCACUGGAGUCCGGCUAAGAAUCUAGAAGACUGCAUACUGGAUCGCAAUCAAGCGGCAAUGACCGUUCUAAAUGGUCAUGUUGUCGUAUGCCUUUUUGCCGAUCCAGAUUCGCCGCUAAUCGGAUUGCGCAAUUUGGUGAUGCCACUGCGCGCCUCAAACUUUCACUAUCACGAACUGAAGCAUGUGGUGAUAGUCGGUUCGGUGGACUACAUCCGACGAGAAUGGAAAAUGUUACAGAAUUUGCCAAAGAUAUCGGUGUUGAAUGGUUCGCCGCUGAGUCGCGCCGAUUUGCGUGCCGUUAACGUGAAUCUGUGCGAUAUGUGUUGUAUAUUGUCGGCGAAAGUUCCUAGCAACGACGAUCCGACGCUGGCCGAUAAGGAGGCCAUUCUCGCGUCGCUCAACAUCAAGGCAAUGACCUUUGACGAUACGAUCGGUGUACUGAGUCAACGUGGGCCCGAAUUCGAUAAUCUGAGCGCGACCGCUGGCAGCCCCAUUGUGCUGCAACGGCGCGGCUCCGUUUACGGCGCGAAUGUGCCCAUGAUAACAGAACUGGUCAACGAUAGUAACGUGCAGUUUCUCGAUCAAGACGAUGAUGAUGAUCCGGAUACGGAACUAUAUCUGACGCAGCCGUUCGCCUGCGGUACAGCCUUCGCCGUUAGUGUUCUCGACUCGCUGAUGUCGACGACGUACUUUAAUCAAAACGCUUUAACGUUGAUCCGCUCUCUAAUCACCGGCGGCGCUACACCAGAGCUGGAGCUCAUACUCGCCGAAGGUGCUGGUCUGCGUGGCGGCUAUAGCACCGUGGAUAGUCUUAGCAAUCGUGACAGAUGUCGUGUUGGCCAAAUAUCUCUGUACGACGGACCAUUGGCUCAAUUCGGUGAAUGCGGCAAAUAUGGUGAUCUAUUUGUGGCGGCGCUCAAGUCGUACGGCAUGCUAUGCAUUGGCCUCUACCGAUUUCGGGACACGAGUUCAAGUUGUGAUGCGAGUAGCAAGCGCUAUGUUAUAACGAACCCACCCGAUGAUUUUUCACUACUGCCAACAGAUCAGGUUUUCGUAUUAAUGCAAUUCGAUCCGGGCUUAGAGUAUAAACCGGCCGCUGUGCGUGCGCCAGCUGGCGGUCGUGCUGCCAACACACAAGGCUCCGGGGUCGGUGGGGGUGGUUCAAACAAGGAUGAUAACUCUUGAUUGUUACUGUGUAGCGCCUUAACUGAUGGUCCUUACUCGUACAUUUGAACAAUGGAGCAAACGAUCGGGUACAAAAUAGCGCAUUUCUGGCAAUUAAUAAUCGGCAAAAUAUGGCAAAAAUUUCUAAAGGCAAUGCAAAAUGUAUCAAACAAAAAGUAUUAGAUAACACAACGGAAAGUUCGUGUUCUAAGUAGUAUCGCCAAAGAAAACUGAUUGUGAAUUGGAAAAGAAAAUUACCUAUAUGGAAAAAAUAACAAUUGUAUGUAGUACUUGGCAGACCAAGUAAAUGCGCUAUUUUGUACGUUUAUAUUUGCACAGACAUUCGCACAAGCGAACCUCAAUGGUAUUCUACAUAACAAAAUGAGGAAUGAGACCAAACUACUUAAACAAUUUUAUAUCGAUUUAAAGCAAAUGUCUUUGCAAAUAUAAAAUAAAACUCCAAUAAAAAAAAAUAUAUACACAAAACUGAUUCAUUGGAUCAGUAGAGUAAAAUCCAUCGUUCAAAUGGUUUAAAGAUUGCUUCCCACACCAUUCCGUCAAACUCCUCUAACUUCUUGAUAAAUUUUUCUAAAAAAUAUUUAUAACCUGUAUUUAUUUUUAUUUUUAUUAAUU